CCGCGCACCCCGAGGAGCCGGCCGGGGGCUGCCGCAGUGCCCCCUCGCCCGGGGUCUCGGUGAAAGCCCCGCUGCAGGUUACGGCCACCCCGGUGCCCGCCACAAUCUGGCUGGACUUGGUAAUCCUACCUGCGGCUAAUUAAAAGGGGUGCAGCCCCCAGCCCACCCCCGGUGCCCCCCUGCCGUGCCGUGCUGUGCCGAGCCACCCCGUGGGGCCAGUGCGGCAGCGGCACCGGGGCAGCGCAGACAUCCCCGCGGGUGCAGCCGGCCGGCCCCGCCGCGACGCCGGGGCUCGGUAGGGCCGGGGAGCCCCCGCCGGCCCCCCGGGGGCCGCCCCACGCCGGCGGAAGAUGCCAACGAAUGGGAUCCACCAGGUCCUGAAGAUCCAGUUCGGGCUGAUCAACUGCGAGAGCCGGUACCUGACGGCGGAGAGCUUCGGCUACAAGGUGAACGCCUCGGCGCCCAGCCUGAAGCGCAAGCAGAUCUGGACGCUGGAGCAGGAUGAAGCCGACAGCUCCGUCGUCUUCCUCAAGAGCCACCUGGGCCGGUACCUGGGUGCCGACAAGGACGGGAAGGUGCGGUGCGAGGCCGAGCAGCCGGGUCGGGAUGAACGCUUCAGCAUCAUCACCCAGUCGGACGGGCGCUGGGCGCUGCAGUCGGCCCCGCACCGGCGUUUCUUCGGGGGCCGGGAGGAUCGGCUCUCCUGCUUCGCCCCCAGCGUGACGGAGGGCGAGCUCUGGACCGUGCACUUGGCCAUGCACCCCCAGGCCAACCUGCUGAGCGUCAGCCGCCGCCGCUACGCUCACCUCAGCGCCCACGAGGACGAAAUCGCCACCGACAGCAACCUGCCCUGGGGGGUGGACGCCCUCAUCACCCUCUGCUUCCAGGACAAGAAGUACAGCCUGCGCACCGCCGACGAGCGCUACCUGCGCUGCGACGGCACGCUGGUGCCCGAGCCCGGCGCCCGUACCGGUUACACCCUCGAGUUCAAGGCGGGCAAGUUGGCUUUCAAGGACUGCGACGGCAAAUACCUGGCACCCACGGGGCCCACCGGCACCCUCAAAUCCGGCCGCAGCUCCAAGCCGGGCAAAGACGAACUCUUCGACCUGGAGGAGAGCCAUCCCCAGGUGGUCUUCACGGCGGCCAACGGCAGAUACGUCUCCAUCCGGCAGGGCGUCAACGUCUCGGCGAACCAGGACGAGGAGCUGAACCACGAGACCUUCCAGCUCCAGAUCGACCGCGACACCAACAAGUGCAGCCUGCACACCAACACCGGCAGCUACUGGACCCUCGUGGCCCAUGGGGGCAUCCAGGCCGUGGCCACCGAAGUCGCUGCCAACACCAUGUUCGACAUCGAGUGGCGCGGGCGGCGGGUGGCCCUGCGCGCCAGCAACGGCCGGUACGUCUGUACCAAGAAGAACGGGCAACUGGCGGCCGUCAGCGACACUGUGGGUAAGUGCCGGGAGUGGGUGGGGGGGUCCCAGUGUUGCCCUCCCCAGCCCAGCCCGGGGUGCUCAGGGCCGGGCUCCUGUGCAGGGGAGGACGAGGAGUUCACCCUGAAGCUGAUCAACCGCCCGAUGCUGGUGCUGCGGGGCGAGCACGGCUUCGUCUGCUACCACCGUGGCUCCAACCUGCUCGAUUCCAACCGCUCCGUCUACGACGUCUUCCACAUCAGCUUUAGUGACGGCGCCUACCAGAUCCAAGGCCAGGGGGGCAAGUUCUGGUACGUGGCGAGCAGCGGGUCGGUGUGCAGCGAUGGGGAACUCUCCGAGGAUUUCUUCUUCGAGUUCCGGGAGCGGGGACGCAUGGCCAUCAAAGGGAAGAAUGGCCGGUACCUGCGCGGGGACCCGGCCGGCACCCUGCGGGCUGACAGCGAGUCCGUGCUGCGGGCCACGCUCUGGGAAUACUGACCUGCCGGGCACCGGCAGGCAUCCCCCGCUGCGGCAUCCCCCAGCCCGCCCCGCUCCCAGGCUGGCCGGGGACGCUAGCUCGUUCCCAGGCAAAGGAUGGCGGUGGAGCCGGCGCUGGCACCAUCCACGGCAGCUGUGACCCCGACCACCUCCACUCACGGCAUUAAAGUCAGUCUGGAUCACA